AUAAAAAUCUUAAUUUAAAUUAAUGAAUAGAAAAAUCACAAUUUUGGUAUUAUUAGCAUGUGUUGUUUGUGUUGCAACACUCAUGUUUUCAUUCGCCCCAGCAGGUACUAUAUUUAAGUUAUUUCAAAGAUGCCGAAUUGAAAUUGAAAAAGAGCCACUCAUUCUCCGCUUCAAAGAAUCAUGAAUGGGGAUUUGACGGAUAUACUCCAUAUGAUAAAGGCUGCCAAUAGAAAUGCAAAGACGCUAAGGGUGUAAGUUGUGGAAAAGCUCAAUAAAAUUGCUGUAAACCAGAUAAAUGCGAGGAAGAAGACAAUUGGUAUGGAAGUUCAUUGGUCUGCAAGGGAAGAGUCCCAAUUGAAGGCUGCACUAAGCCCAAGUGAAAAUGAGCAUAUUCAUUUAAUUAUUCAAAUCAUAAUUCCUUUCA